AUAAAAAGAUGAAUUCUGACGACCAGCGACCUUAUGUUCUGGUCCAGGGCUAUCACUACCAUUAACCGUUGGACCUCGCGCAAUGCCUUCUAACUAUAUGUUGAAUAGCCCGUCUCUGCCAUUAGCGAAGGUCAUCCAUGUGGAUACAAGAGGCGCAGUCAUACUGUCGGAAGAGUCGCCUGAGACGAGGGACAGUCGAGGAAUAUACCUUCCAAAUCACAUAGAGCCAGUGUCCCAUAUCGCAGUAGACAUCGGCGGUUCUCUCGCCAAAGUUGUGUACUUUACAAGGUCCUCAGAGCCCCCCUCGUCGCCCUCUGUAGCCGCCACCCACGGCUCCAGCUCGUCCAGUAAUAUAUCCACGCCACGAUCCAUCUCCCCGUCCAAUGAAGCCAAUCCCUCCUCUUCUUCCCCGUCCGGCUCCUCACACGUCAAGCUCAGUGGCGCCCUAACACCGCUGGUCCUCGAUGCUCAAAACCACGGUCUCAGUGGUCUUUCCAGCUUGGACAGCAAUGGGCUUCUCCGCGACUCCAUGCUCCGGCGAACUUCCCAACACUUCCCAGGUGGAUCCCUCAAUUUUGAGAGGUUCGAGACAGACAACAUCCAUGAAUGCGUGGCGUUUAUCCAGGAGCUAAUAGAGCGCUCAGCAAAAGUGAACGACGUGUCGAUAGAGGACAUGCGCACGGGCGUGAAGAUCAUGGCCACCGGAGGCGGAGCGCACAAGUUCUACGAUCUGUUCAAGGACCAACUGUGCGUCGAGGUGCGACGGGAGGACGAGAUGGAGUGUCUUAUUGAAGGAUUGAAGUUUAUCACCCUCAUCCCAGACGAGGUGUACUAUUUCUCCGAUGAGCUCAUUCAGAGCGUGUCCCACUCCACACCAGUCAAAAAUGGCACCAACGGCGUGUUUGAGCGACCCAGUCCCAAUCCUCCGACGUAUGCUGUAACAUUCGAGUCGCACCCAACACCUCAGCUGCCGUGUCUACUGGUGAACAUCGGUUCCGGAGUCUCUAUCAUCAAGGUCGACGAGGAUGGCAAGUUUGAACGUGUCAGCGGUACCAGUCUGGGCGGCGGAACCCUGUGGGGACUACUCAGUCUGUUGACACCAGCGACGACAUUCGAUGAGAUGCUUAGAUUCUCGGAGAAUGGCGAUAAUGCCUCGGUCGAUAUGCUGGUCGGUGAUAUCUAUGGACAGGAUUAUUCCAAGCUCGGCUUGAAGUCGACAAUGAUUGCUAGUUCCUUUGGCAAAGUGUUCAAGAAAGGUGGCGAAAAGGGUAAAUUCACAGCGGAAGACAUCAGCAAAAGCCUGCUUUAUGGUGUCUCGAACAACAUUGGACAAAUUGCAUACAUGAAUGCUGAAAAGUACAAUCUGGAGAGGAUCUACUUUGGUGGAUGUUUUAUUCGAGGACAUGCUGCUACAAUAAUGACUUUGUCUUAUGCGAUCCGGUUCUGGAGCAAGGGUACGAAACGUGCCUUAUUCCUACGUCAUGAAGGAUUCUUGGGAGCUAUAGGAGCGUGGCUGAAGAACAUGACCCCGGAAGAUGUCUGAGGAAGGAAAGAUACCUCUGGAAUUUGCGUAUUUAUUCUUUACCCUACAUUAUUAUUAACAGGCUGAUGCCAUUGAUAUUAAUACGCAUCAGUCUCGUGCUAGUGUUCAGUCCGACAA